CAGGACUGCAGAAGAAGUUUUCCCAGCAUGACAGAACCGUUUAAAUCUUACUGCAAGUUCCUGAGCCUUCCGUGAGCAAUUGGGCUCUUGCUCAAAGCCUCUUUCUCUUUCCCCGUGGUAGGCUUAGGGUUUCUGAAAUUUGCUUCCAUUAUAUACAUACGUAUACAUAUAUCUAGAGUUUCACAGACGGUUACCGAUGGCUAACCGUACGGACCCAGCGGCGAAGAGCAUAAGGGGGACGAACCCACAGAAUCUGGUGGAGAAGAUUCUGAGAUCCAAGAUUUACCAGCACACAUACUGGAAGGAGCAGUGCUUCGGUCUCACUGCCGAGACGCUGGUCGACAAAGCCAUGGAGCUGGACCACUUGGGUGGGACCUUCGGCGGGAAUCGGAAGCCCACGCCGUUCAUGUGUCUGGUCAUGAAGAUGCUCCAGAUCCAGCCCGAGAAGGACAUCGUUGUCGAGUUCAUCAAGAACGAAGACUACAAAUAUGUUCGUGUGCUUGGCGCUUUUUAUUUGCGUCUUACAGGGAUAGAUAGUGAUGUGUACCGUUACUUGGAGCCUUUAUACAAUGACUAUCGAAAAUUAAGGCGCAAAUCAACUGAUGGCCAAUUCACUUUAGCACAUGUGGAUGAGGUUAUUGAUGAACUUCUGACAAAAGAUUAUUCCUGUGAUAUUGCUUUGCCACGUAUCAAGAAAAG